GAGGUGUGGGAUGAGAACACCGGCUGCUACUAUUACUGGAACACCCAGAGCAACGAGGUGACCUGGGAGCUGCCGCAAUACCUGGCGACGCAGGUCCAGGGCCUGCAGCACUACCAGCACAGCAGCGCUGUGGCAGGGGGCCACUACGGCAGCUUCGUAGCUGCUGCUGAGCUGUACCCCCAGGAGAAAGGAGCCGCCCCGGGCAGCGUUGGCCGUGGGGCCAGCAUCGUCAAGCGGGAGGUGAAGAAGGAAGUGAACGAAGGCGUGCAGGCCCUCUCCAACAGCGAGGAGGAGAAGAAAGGGGUGGCCGCAGCCCUCCUGGCACCGCUCCUGUCCGACGUGGUGAAGGAGGAAGAGGAGCGCUGGAGGAGAAAGGUGAUCUGCAAAGAGGAGGUUGAGCCGCCACCAGAAGAAGAGGCGAAAGCAGAAGAGGCGGCAGCUGCUCCCGAAGAGCCGGAGCCCGGCAGGGAUCCCCUGGAAGACACGUUGCAGGAGGAUCUGUGCAGCGUGGUGCAGUCGGGGGAGAGUGCUGAGGAAGAGGAGGAGCAAGACACCCUCGAGCUGGAGAUGGUGCUGGAGAGAAAGAAGGCGGAGCUGCGUGCCUUGGAGGAAGGCGACGGCAGUGUUUCAGGCUCCAGCCCGCUCUCCGAUGGGAGCCAGUCGGCCUCGCAGGAUGCAACCCGCAGGCUGGCCUCCAAGCGAGGGAAAUGGAAACUGUUUGUCGGAGCCGCCAGCCCCGAAUCUGCCAGUCGUGGCUCCAGCAAAACGGGCCGGGAGAGCCCGGAAGCGGGAGAAGCAGCAGCGAGCGCAGAAGCAGCUGAUGCAAAUUCAGACAAAGAGACGGAGUCUGAGGAGCCCCAGGAGAAAGCAAAAGUGCAAGGGGCACCAAAAAUAGAAGAGGAGGAGCAGGACCUAAAG